ACUGAAUCGCAGAUGGCUCGGAAAAGCCACGUAGAAGUUCUGGCGACAUACUCUCUGCUUCAUUAUCGAAGAUGACCGGGACAACGCAGGUUGCCACCAGUACGGGAAGCAAGAGCUCCUUCUUCCGCGGCAUUCAGCCCACGCCCGUCGGCUCGCCUGGCGCCUCCGCCAAGAAGAUCCUACAGAUUCGACGUGCCAGUGACCCCGCUCUGAUCACGUGCAGCAACAACCAAGAGCCCUUGCCGGAAGAGGCACAAAGUCUCAAAGACCUGCUGCUGGCUGCGCCCUCACAGUAUCAGCGCUCUCGUUUUAGUUUCCUCAAGCUUAAGCGCGUAGUCGUACCGCCCGUACAGAUUCCAGCAGAGCUGGCCGCGCCCAACGCCAUCAACAACAUCGUGGCUGGCUCCAAGAUCCCCAUGACCAAGGCCAUGUGGAAGCGACACCGUGCGCGCCUGAUGCGGCGCCUUCCAGGCCGCAUCGACGAGAGAAUCGCGUGGUAAAGCCAUCGGACCACCGCCAACCGCCUCCAUGCUUGAUAUUUUUAUGCUUACCAGUACAUCCCAUUGUAACAUUAGGAAGAAUACGAAUAUUUACCUUCUUUGAUCCCAAUAUUUACCUUCUUUGAACCC